UCAAGUUUUUGUAAUAAUGAAUGCACCAACAAAGCAACACAUUCCUUCAACACAAAAACACACUUGUGGAUUAAUUUGCACCUUUCCAAAUGAGAACUUGUCCAGUUUGUGUGCAGAGGAAGGAUGUUGGAGUGUGAAACGUGUGUUUUGUGCAGUAGCAGCGGCAUGCUGGGCCGAAGCUCUCCUCUGUGACAGCACUGCCAUCUCCUGCUGAGCUAAGCACGGAGCAUAUUAGCAGUCUGUUUCUGCUGCUGCAGCUCAGAGGAUUACACUUCAUAUUUACCGCACUGAUCGGACACAGACACGCGGGAUUUGUGCACAACAUCAACCAUCCGUCCACUCCCCCCUCCCGCCCCUCCUAAAUCUGCGGGACGUUUUUAAUUUGAGCCCUAAAACGAGUUCCCUUCAUACAUAUUUCUUUGAUGACAUAAUUUAAAGUAACAGCUUUUUCUCUCUGCUAGAACAGAGUCGGGAGGAACGCCUUGGUAAAGCUGGCGAUGCGUGCGCGCAGUUUAAAGCGGCGCAAAUGCGCACACAGAGAACGCAAAAAUGGGGCUAAAAAAGGGAGUUUUUGGCGCACGGAGCGUCUAGUCGCCUGCAGCACCCAGAAGUGAACAGCAGGCGACCCGGAAGGUUUGGAGUCCGAGGCAGAGCGAGCAGCAAAAGGAGUCGCGGUAAAACAUUUCUUCGGUCUCUGGCGCAGAAUGGCUGAACCUCGCUUCAACAGCCCGUAUUUCUGGCCUCCUCCUCCGGCCAUGCCUGGGCAGCUGGAUAACCUAGUAUUGAUCAAUAAAAUCAAGGAGCAGCUGAUGGCGGAGAAGAUCCGACAGCCACAUCUGCCCGCUGCUUCACCCGCUUCCCAGCAGCCUUUGCUGACCUCGAGUCAGGCUGACGGCAGCCAGCACGGAUCCUCCAAGGCUCAGCAGAUGCCGGCCCUCUACAGUCAAAGCCCGUCUCAGCCUGACAUCGCUCUGCACGCCCGUCCCGCCUCGAGCUCCGUCACAGGUCGCAUUUUGGGAGAUGUUAACUUGAAUUUGGACGAUAAGGCGGCCAUAAAAGCAAGAGGAUUGUGGGAAGACUGGCAUCUGCGUCAUCUCAUUGACCAUCCUUCCAGAACAAACCACGUCUCAGGUGUGGCACUGGCUUCCAGAACCGGCAACCUCAGCACGUCUGAGAUCAUCACUCCCUCAACUCCAACUUCGAGCAGUCAAAGCCGGCUGUGCGGGUCUUCCACCCCUCACUUCAUCUCAGGGUUGGCUGCAGGCCGUGGGAUUGAGGGCGGGAAGACCAACGGAGGCCUUUUGGGACUUCUGGGUCCUCCUCCAAAGCUGGAGCGAGGGCGCAAAAAGAUCAAGGCGGAGAACGGGUCUUCUCUCUUGGUGGUGCCCUACCCAAUCCUCGCUUCAGGGAACGACCAGCCCUGUCUCACCCUGACCGCCAAAGAGGGGAAAACCUACAGGUGUAAAAUUUGUCCGCUGACCUUCUUCUCCAAGUCCGACAUGCAGAUUCACUCUAAAACUCACACCGAGGCCAAAGCUCACAGGUGUCCUCACUGCACCAAGACCUUUGCAAACGCAGCCUACCUAGCCCAGCAUCUGCGCAUACACCUGGGCACCAAACCGUACCGCUGCUCCUACUGCGAGAAAUGUUUUCGCCAGCUCUCUCACCUUCAACAGCACACCAGAAUCCACACGGGUGACCGGCCUUACAAGUGUGCCCACCCGGGAUGUGAAAAAGCUUUUACCCAACUGUCUAAUCUGCAGUCUCAUCAGAGACAACAUAACAAAGACAAGCCCUUCAAAUGCUCCAACUGCUACCGUGCCUAUUCAGACUCUGGCUCCCUGCAGAUCCAUCUGUCUGCACACGCCAUCAAAAACGCCAAGGCCUUCUGCUGCAGCAUGUGCGGCAGAGCGUACACCUCAGAGACCUACUUGAUGAAGCACAUGUCUAAGCAUGGGAUGGUGGAACAUGUGAUGUCCCAUCACUCACCUCCACACAGGACAGACUCUCCUUCCAUUCCUAUACGAAUCAGCCUCAUCUAAGCCCCAUAAACUCUUGGGUUUGCCCCGCCGAACAACCGUGGAACGCCAAAAACGGGCUUCGAUAGACUGUCAGUGUUUUGAGAAGAGGUUCUCCUAUGAUGGAUCUAUCUCGCUUUCCUUUCUUACUGACCAGACAGUAUUAUUGGGGACAUCCAAAGAUGAUUUCUCAGCACUUUUAGGCUUCACGCUGAAGGCCGAAAACAUCUACCCGUGUUACUUUCCAGAAAAAGAACUUAAUGGAGGCAGCUACACGGAAAAGACAGAAGAACUUGUUUUAUAGCUUAACUUUUUGUAUGGUUCUUUACGCUUUUUUUCCUUCAAGUCUUUGCAACAAUACUUCAAAAAAUGUCUUCCAUUUAUUGAGUGGACAACGUAACAUAUACAUUUGUGCGUGUGUGUGUGUGUGUUUUUUUUUCGUGUCAUGCUUUUUGAGUGUUUGCAAAGUUUUAUCAGAUAUGCUGCAAUAAUACUCAAAGUAUUGAUGUUGAAACAUUUAUGUCAGAAAUUUUUUCAAGCUGUUGCCAAUUUUUGAAACCUAGAAAAAUAUUUUUAAAACAAAUCUGUAAAAGUACAGAUUUGGUGUUAAUUAUUUGAGAUAUUUGAACAGGCAAAUUCAGAGCCUGCCUUCAAAAUAAGAUUAAAAAACAAGUAAUUCAAGAAAACAUUUCAGUCAUUUGGCCAAAAAAUAGACAGACAGAUGUAUACACUUGCAUAGUUCAUGAGUGCGUUAGGUACACAUGGGUGAUGUAGGAUGACUGAAAGAGGUAUAUAUGGUGAAGAAACAAGUAAAGAUUUCUUUUGUGUCAAUCAUAUUGUACUUGAGAAAAAUAUUUUUUUAUAUAUUAUUGCUAAUGAUCAUAAUGGAGAAAACAAUGAAAAAAAAUCUGCAUCAAA